UACAUUUCCGAUGGUCGUGAAGGCAACUGUUGCAUUUGCGUGAAUAACGUAUCAGGAGAAACCAAACACGGAAGCUAAACAGACAUUCAGGAGAAACCAUCGACACGUUUCUGUCAGUAUCAGCGGUGGUUGGUAUGUGAAAGAGAACAGAUAUAAUGGAAGAGAUCAAGAGCGAACCUGUGGAUUUCGUGAAGGAAUUUCAAGAAUACCUGACCCAGCAAACCCAGCACGUCAACAUGAUCUCGGGUUCUGUUUGUGGAGAAAAGGAGACAUCAGAGCAUUUCCACGCUGUUGCACCAAGAUGUGAGCAGAAUGGUCUGGGCCCUCCGUCCGUGGAGGUGAGCCUGGAGGAUGUGUCAGAUGUUCAGAUGGACGGCUUGGAGAGGACCUGCGAUGGAAAAUACAAGUGUAGCUAUUGUAGCUAUGCCAACAAGGGCAUGGCUCGUUUAAUAGAGCACAUCCGCAUCCACACAGGUGAGAAGCCUCACCGCUGCCAGCUGUGUCCGUUUGCCUCCGCGUAUGAGCGCCAUUUGGAAGCCCACAUGCGCUCACACACAGGAGAGAAGCCGUAUAAGUGUGACCUCUGCACCUUUCGAUGUAGUGACCGCAGUAACCUGUCCCACCACCGCCGGCGGCGGCACAAACUCCUGCCCACGAGGGCGACCCGCUCUCCUUUCUCUAACAAGAGGAUGCUGAGCUCUCUGCAGAAGAGGACUGGGUCAUUGGGCUUCAGUCGGCGACUCCUGAUCAACUUGAACCCUCCCUCCAUGGUGAUGCCACGGUCUGAUUAUUUAAAUGAUUUACCUCACAAGAUCCACCACUUGAAUAACAGUGAGUACAAAACUCCUCCCAAGGUGGAUGAAAAUGAGAGCCACAGCCAGAGUGCCAAUGGUUUUAGAAAUUCACUGGACCAGCUGUCUGCUCUUGCUGGCCAGUUGACCAGUCUUCAUCCUGAACCUCAAACUACUGCAACCCCUGACCGGGAGUACCUAAAAGAUGAGAAACCAAUCCUGAUACAACACAUCUCCAGUGAACAGGUUGCAGUGUGUUCCAACAGAGUUCAGACAUCUCCACCUAAAGAUGAAUCUCCAACCUCAGGACAUGAAAGCUGCAGUCCGGUUCCUGGCUUCGGCACGGAGAACAACACAAACACUCUUACUGGAAGCAUUAGCAACAGCCAGGCGAGCACACCCACACCUGCCCUGACGACAGAGCAACAGCUCUUACAGAAGUGCCAGCAUUGUGACAUCCACUUUUCUGAUAAUAUCCUCUAUACCAUUCACAUGGGCUGCCAUGGUUAUGAACAUCCAUUCCAGUGCAACAUCUGUGGUCACAUGUGCAUAGACAAAUAUAAUUUUGCGUGUCAUUUUGCUCGUGGACAACACAAGAAGUGACAAUGUGUGUUUUUAGUCCCCGGCUCUGGUUUAGAACUAAAGAAGAGACAGAACAGGCUUCACAGAGCAAAAUCAGUUUUUAAAGGUGUGGAUCUCCGAAUUUUUUUUAAAAUUAUUAUUUCUGAUUAUAAUGGAUCACUCUCAGUUUAUCAUGCAGGCUGAACAUGAAAAUAUCUCCUACAUCUAUCUCCUGCAUUAGCUUCUCAUAAAAAAUAGACGGUGAAACUCUAGGAUUAGAAAAGCCGGACAGAUCUACGUCACACUGUCACUUAAUAUUCAUGGACUCACCCACCUUGGCUCACGACGGGAAGGAUGUUGUUGUUUUUAACGUCCAGGAAACAGAACGUUCUGACUAGUGGAAGCUAACCAUUAGCAUUAGCAACACCACCACACAGAAAAUCUCCUCCAGACUUGUGUUAUUUGUGGAGAUAAAACAUCAACGUUGCAAGUCAGUGGUAGACUCGUGUUAACGUUUUCCAAUCCGAGAUGCCCAAAUAUCAGGAAAUAAGAUUCUAAAACGUGUUGUAUGAUGCUACGUUCUCCUCCAGCUGACUUCUUUCAACAGGUGCACCAAACUUGUCGUGCUGGUCCAAGCAAUUCUGGGCUUUUUUUGCCCCGAGUACGGCUUGCAAGGCACCCGUUCCUACUAGAGACCUCUGCAACAUGAGUUUCCCACACCUUUAAAAGACUAGAUUUGAUCAGUGAAUCCUGAGAAUACCUAGGUGGCUGGAUGUUACAUUAGCAAUACUUACUUACUGUAGAAUUGACUAGAAUCAUUUAUAAACUUGGUUUAGAGACACACAAUCUGUAUUUUCAUUUAAAAGAGGCUACAGAAAACUUCAGAAAGAUUCAUAAAUGUGAAGAGAACUAAGAAGGACCUGCUUUAACUAAUAAUUUACCUAAUUUAGCAUCUUUAAAAGCGGAGCAGUUUCCUAAAACCUUGUGAACUAAUUUAAUAAAGCACCACCUGCGCUGUACUGAGACCUUACUACUAAAAUAUUUAUACAGUUUUCCUGUUUUUGCAUGGAUCCACAUUUAUCAACAUUAUAUAUAUAUAUAUGUUCCUUUCCACACUUUUGUGUACAAAAUAACUUGAUUUGUAAAGUUUGAGAAUUGUAAUCACGUUUUUACAGACAGCUAAUUGAGCAUCCUUUUAUUUUUGACUAAAUCAGUAUUUUAAUAUCUAACUACUUACAUGAUAUUGUAGGUAAGUGCUCUAAUAACACACCAAAGUUUGGUUUUUAGGUGGACACGUCAGUGGUACAUCUCUGGAAGUCUGGAAAGACUACUCACGGUUCUGAUUAUUAUCUAUACCUCACGACCAUUUCCCCUGUCUGUGUAAGGAACUUUUGUAUUUUUUUACGAUACUGAUGUAGUAGUUUUGUGGUAUUAUAGCCAUUUGUGGUACAACAUUAAAAUGACUGUUUAGUAGCGAAGCUGAGACACUUUAAAUCUCUGUAACUCACAUUAUUACAUGUAAUCACCGGGUGAAGUGGUGAACUUGUUUGUACUUGAUGACUUAAUUGCUUGAAAAGGAAACAUUUAGAAAACUAUUCCUUAUAGUUUGUCUCGUUUGUGGACACUGUAGAUGCUUGACAUACAUUUUGAAAAGAAUGUGCUCUUUUUUUUCUAACAAAGCUUUUAUUAAUAAAUUAAUUAAAUUUG